UGGAGCUACUGCAUUGUUAUAGCAAAUCUCUUAAGGGUUAGACAUGUCUGGAAGAGGCAAAGGAGGUAAAGGACUCGGGAAAGGUGGCGCUAAGCGUCACCGUAAAGUUCUCCGUGAUAACAUCCAGGGAAUCACCAAACCUGCUAUUCGCCGUCUGGCUCGUCGCGGUGGAGUGAAGCGUAUCUCCGGUCUGAUCUACGAGGAGACUCGUGGUGUUCUCAAGGUGUUCCUGGAGAACGUGAUCCGUGAUGCAGUCACUUAUACCGAGCAUGCCAAGAGGAAGACCGUGACCGCCAUGGAUGUGGUCUAUGCGCUCAAGAGGCAGGGCCGCACUUUGUACGGCUUCGGAGGAUAAACAUCAUUUCUUAACAAAAUCAAAAGGCCCUUUUCAGGGCCACUUAAAUAAUGUUUAAUGCGCAAUUGUUCUAAAUUGUUGGCGACUUGUAUGCAUUGUAUGUAGUGGAUGUCAAUGAAUACAUUCACACAGCCCG